ACCAGUUCUCAGAGCCACAAGGUGGCGGAGGCAGCCCCUCACCUCAGCACCACGGCCCUCGGAGCCAGCGCUGCUGCCGCCCUAGGCCACGCCAGCAGCAGCCCUGAGCGACGUCCUGACAGGCCAUCCCCGCGCCCCGCCGCCACCUCGCGAACCCACACAGCGUCCGGAGGAGGGAAGGGGGCGACGAACUGAGUCCCCGGGGCAGGAGGGACCUGCAGGGACGCGUCGCCGCUUUCGCGUGCGCCGCCUACAGGGGCAUCCGCGCGUGCUGCGCCAGCCCAGCGCCCCCGAGGCCUCCCAGGCCCCAGAGGGGCUGAAUGUUUUCGCCCGCCCAGCCGUUCCCGGCGCGCGGUCCAGGUGAGUGCGCCCUGCGCCCCGGGUCCGGGCCCCUUGUUCUUGGAGCCCGCGCGGCCCUGAGCGGCCUCCAGACGCCAGCACCGCUGGAGGACAAGAGCAGCUGCCACCCGCGGUAGGGGCUUGAGGGCCUUGCAGCCGGUGGCAGGCGGGGUGAUUGGCCGUGAAGGAAGCCACCCCUUCUCCAUGAACUAACGCCCUGUGAGCAGUCCAUCUGCUCCCACUGUGGCCCUGGAGUGGGCACUGGCAGAAGGGUGGCAAGGAGCAUCCUAGCCUGUGUGUUCAGGAACCAGGAGUUGUUAGGUUGAGCAACACUGGAGUUGUUAGAGCAACACUGGAGUCCAGGCAUCCUGGGUCUGAAAUCACCUGCCUCUGUAUGGGCUUUAGAGGAGUGAUGCCUGCAUCUGGCUGUUCCCAGACAAGGAAGCCAAGCCCCUCCUCACAACCUCUGCUUUAAUGGCGCUUCCUCUGUGCCUUAUGGAUGAAUGAGAUGUAAUAUGUAGACUCACAGCUGUUACAAACACAGAGUGAACGUUCGGAUUCUUUGCCCGUGAACCUGGCAGAGACUUUUGGCAUUUGUGCCACCCGGAGCUUUAGGAAUCGUAGUGAAGAUGAGGACUUGUACUUGAAUGUUGUGCAGGAGCAGGGGGCAGAGGAGCCACUGAGUUGUGGCUGUAUAUGUAGCAUUGGAGGGCAUCUGAGAGUAGAGUCUUUGUGCUUUCUCACGCAAUUAGCUGAGUCCUUUCAAACCUUAAUGUCUGCAAGCAAAACCUCCAUAUGCUUGUCCUGCUGGCUGUUUCUACAUGUGCAGUGCAGAUUGUGAAUUCACAGCACUGUGGAUGUGCAACUCGAUACUUCUUGGGAAAAUUUGAUUUGAACCCUCCUGGCUGGUUUAGUUUAAGCAUUGUGCUGCAAAGGUUCACAUUUUUACUUAUCUGGUGUACAUGUUGAUGUCCUUUCAACUGUGUUUUCAGAGCCUCAGCCAAUUGCGUGGGUAUCUCCGUUUACCUUCUGGGGCAGGCCAACACUCUCAGUGGGAUCAACUGCUGAUUCUGCAGCCUGGAGGCUGCCAGGACUUCCUACAAUGAGAGUGGAAAAUGACACACCAGAGGCAUGCAGAACCUCCCAGGCAGAGGCCCUACUCAGCAGCUCCAUCUCCUGAAUCUUCUGCAGCUUCUGGCAGGAAUUUUCCAUGUCCUUCUCCUCCAUUUCUCUGUGCUCCCAUUGUAUCAUAAGGUGUGUGAAGUGAAAAGGCCGCCUUCUCAGAGGCCAGAAGUGGCCAGGCCUCACCACACUGGCACAGGAUGCCCAGGAACUGGUGUCUCUAUUGCUAUAGAUGCAGAGCCUCCAAGCUCCUCACCACCAACUGCAGAAGACCCAGAAAUGAGGAUGAGUAAGCUGGUGCAUCAACAGGCUGAGCUCAUGAAUUCAUUGGAGGAUACUCAGAAACUCUAGCCUUCUGCCCCUAGACUCAAGCCUUCAAAACUCCCUUGCAAACACUUGGACUUCACACCACAGCUGUGGAGAAUUAGAUGGAACCAGCUCACAUGUGUUAGGUACACUCUGCUAGCGUCCAAUCCUUUACACAGAUGAUCUCACUUAAUCCAAGAACUGUAUGAAGAAAAUGGUAAUCUUUUUGAACUGAUGAGAACUGAGACUUUGUGAUGGAAAGUACUAAAUCCUUGACCAGUGCAGCUGAGAUCUAGUCCAGUGUGAAGCUUAGGAACCUCCCAUUCAAUCCUGUGUCCUCCUAGGAUUAGGGCUCAGGAAUCUAGCAGGGAGAUGACGGGACCUGGGAGCAGCCCAAGGCUACCCACCUCUAACAGUCAGCGGCCUGGAGCUAUCAACACUCACAGAACUGCUCUAGCAAAUACUGCAGGAUUUUGGGGUCACUUGUCCUCCAGCUGUGGGAGAUAAGUCCUAGUCCCAGCACCUCCCCUCCCCAUGGGUGGUAACUCCUGCCCUAUAGGACUUGGCUGGAUAGAGGUGCCUUGGGUUCUGAUAGCUUCUCCUGCAUCUGCUCAUCUCUUUCUAUGCCAGCUGCUCUGAGAGCAGGGUGCAGGUAGUGGUGAUGUUGUUUUCACUCUUUGGAGAAUGGUAAUCAGUACCAUUAGUACAGGCAAACCCAAGCCCCCUAUCAGGGUGUCUGUAGCACAAGGGAUGAUGGAGAAUCAUUCCAUAUGCACAGGAAAUGGCCCAGUAGGGUCCUUGCUCACCUUUAAAACUGAGAACUAGAGUUGCUUAUUGUAUUGUAGGCUCACUCACAGAGGUGAGUGUGUUGCUCUGCCCUGCAGGACCUGACAGGAAUACAGUGAGCAGUGGCCACACACCAGCCUUAGGAAGCUGUCCUUUAUUUGACUCAGCUGCUUCAUGAGCUCAAAAGUUCUGCAGGAGUAAGCUACUGAUAGUAUUGUACACGCUCUGGAUGCACUGCAGGAUAUGGCUGUCCUCCUCUGACUGUUCCACAGCUCUGGCUUGUACUGUAGAUGCCAAUGCUCUUCUUCCUACCCCAGGUUCCUCUGACCCAGAUUGUGUUUUGCUCCACCUGUACAUUAAACUGCCCUAAGGUGCACUCCAGCACUUGCUGUCUCUGAAACUCAGACAACAGCUGCUCCUUCUCCUCAGCCCAACUCAGGGUUUCAGAACUGGGGCCAUAGGUGAGAAAGGAGGCAGCAAUAAAGGUCUGGGCCACUGGUCCCCGAACAAGAUCCUCAGUGCUCAGCCCUUGCUUGAACCUUGGCUUCCUCAUUAAUGAUUCCUCUUACACAGGUGAUGGCCAGGCUUGAAGCCACAUUGCUGUAUGGAUCCUGGGUGGAGGUUAGCAGUGGGCACAUCUCCCACCCAGUACACCUGCUUGUAAAUGGGGACACUGGGGCUCAGAGAAAUGACAAGAUUGCCAUCUCCUGGCAUAGACUCCUUUCCCUUUACCACCAUGUCUUGAUUCUACCUUGCUCCUUGGGGCAGUGUAAAUCACAGCCACAGCAUAGCCAUCAGACCCUCCUCUGGGUCACCCUUGUGCUCACUCCCCAUCCAUAUCUUUAAUUCUUCCAAGCUUCCUGGACUUUCCUGCCAAGCUCCUUGUCCUUGAACUUACAUACCAAAAACACAGGAGGAGCUGGUCACCUCAGGCACAUCUGUCAUCUGUCUGGUAUCUUCCCCUCUCUCCACUUCUGACCCCAAUCUUUGGUACCUCAGUUUGAAACUUUGGAUCUGGGUCCAAUAGAAAUUCCUAGGGAUGGAGACACUGGGUCAGGGUGCAAGUGGCUGAAUGGGAAACAGACUCACAGGCAUUGGCCUGCCCUGACCCCUCAGCCUAGGCAUGGCUACCCCAGUAGGAGACACUCACUUGAACUCAUCAAGGAGUCUCAGGGCCCUGGUGGUAUUCUAACUCUGUGGAUGGAGAAAAGUAAGAGGUGGAAAUUCUGCUUCCAAUUAAAAUUUCCCACGAGUGGCCUGAGCCAUCUCACUCCUAUAACCUCCUACCUCUGCAGACCUCACAGAGAAGCCUCCCUAUGGGCUCCCCAUACCAAUCCCCAGGGUGGACACAUGGCUCUAGAAAAUAGGCUGCCAGAAGAGAGAAGAGAUUGCAGAGGGUGCAGCCCUUUGGGAAGGGGAAAGUGGAGAGGAGAUAGCAGGCAAAAAGUAAAGCUCACAAACCGGAAGGGAAUGGACACCAGCUGCUGACACAGGGUCAUGAUGAGGUCUUGCAAAGCAGGUGUGCUCUUUCAUUCCCUGUCAUAAAGGGAAGUGGGUUAAGUGGGCCAUUAAGAAGUUAAGUAAGUGCAUUGAUGCAAAGGGUGGGGCAAGGAGAACAGUGUUGCUUCUGGCAGAGGUGUGAUCACAGGUAUUGGGAGGGACUGUGCAUAAGGCUGGCCCAUUUUCCAGGCAGCAUGGCAGCAUUUCACAUGGCCACAGCUCCAAGUAGGGGCUGACAGCUUUCUUAUGAAAUUCAAGAUGACCUUAGUUUUCCUACAGUUCACCAAAAAGUGUCCAGGCUGUGACCUGAGGCAUCCCCCCAGGUGGCAGGCAGAUGUGCCCAAGUCACACAGACACUGUUCUCCCCCAGAACCACUUUUUGCAGCAAUGUCCCUGACACCUAUUUUGUUUUAAAGCCUGACUCCCAUGUAAGUGAUCACUGUAACACAAGGGGUGCAGCUGCAAAUUAAGUUUAAAAGACACUUCAACCUAUCGAUGAAAGUGAAGUUCCUAGUGAUACCCAGGAUGCUAAUGGCAAUGCGGAACUGAAACUCAAAUCUCCUAAUCCUGGUGCCCAGAUUGCUGCUCACACACCUUGAGGGAUCUGUCAAGAAGAAGAAAGAAAUGGAGACACAAAUUUUGCUCUGUGGUGUUCCCCUACCCUUUCACCUGGCACUUUUCAAAUAAACUUUUGCCACCAUUUUCAGCAUGUUUCAUCUUAUCUUUGUGUGAAGUGUGAGAGUCGACCCCCCUGCUACAACCCCCUCCCCGAGUUAUAAAACAGAGCAGUAAAGAAUGCUUCACUCCCUAAACCUUUCCCAGGAGAUAAUCAGAGCAGGGCAGAAAGGAAUGUCUCUGCUAGUCAUUAACCACUAGAUGUUCUGUUCUCUGUAAAGAUAGAGAUAAGCAAAAGAAUGUACUGUAUAAACAGGACCAGGGGGCACCUGGCACUCUAAGGUCAACCCAAGACCCUCGGUCUCCAUGGUUACUCAGCCCCAGACCCUCAAAUCAGCGUUAGCCAAGUCCUGCGCCGUUCAAAAUUAACCAAUGCGAUUUGCUUCUGUAACCUUGCUUACCUCCUGCUUGUACCUUUAAAAACCCUGCACAAAUUCCCCUCGGGGCCCCUCCGCACACGUUUGCCUGAGGGACCCCAUGCACAUGGAAAUAAACUUUCUUUUCCUCACCAAGAGUUGAGUCCUUGGGGUCUCUUUCCCUGCGGCGUUGGCCCUAACAUCGUGGAGGCCCCAGCGAGAUAAGCACGUCUCACGGGAGGUGACCCCAACGGCUCUGCGGGUGAGUACGACUGGUCGCUUUUCAUACCACCGGUGUUUACGCCCCAAGCCAUACGGCUCCGAUCUAGGGGCAAUUUUUGUUAUCUGUUUCGUACUCUGUUCCCUGGUGACUGGGGGACGCCCCACACGGUUUCCGUGGUUCACCGUCUGCGAUAGGGCCUCCCUAUCGAUCUGGGGAAUUUCGAUUCCCAAUCUGUGGUCCGUCUGGGCCAAUUUGGAGACACCCUUUGAGGUGACUCAUCUGGGGGAUUUCGAUUCCCAGUCUGUGGUCCGCCCGGGCCAAUCUGGAGACACCCUGUAAGGUGUCUCAUUUGGAGUGAAACUGAUGCGUAUGCAUGUGAAUGAAGUGGCCGGCCUGAUUGUCUUGUGUGUCGUGGGUGCUGUGUUUGGUUAUUUGUUGUACCGCGCUUGCGUUAACCACCCUGUGACAAUAGAACAUCAUGGGACAGUCGACCUCAUCCCCAUUGUCCCUCACCCUCUACCAUUGGUCGGAGGUGCGGAAGAGGGCUCACGAUCUCUCCUUGCAGGUCAAGAAGAGUAAGUGGCAGGAUUUCUGCUCGACUGAGUGGCCUGCUUUCUCUGUGGGAUGGCCACCAGAGGGGACUUUUCAUCUGCCCCUCAUUCUAGCAGUUAAGGACGUCAUCUUCCGCCCCGGACAAAGGGGGCACCCUGAUCAGGUCGCUUACAUCCUGGUAUGGCAGGGCCUCAGGGAGGAACCCCCAUUAUGGGUAAAAUCCUUUCUUCCCCCUUCUGACUCAUCUGUACCAAAGCUUUUAGCUCUGAAAGGACCUCCCACUUCGGCUCCGGUCCUGCCCGAGUCUCAGCCUGAUCUACCCUUACUCGACUAUGACCAGCCUCCUCCUUCCCAGCUGACUCAACCUCCUCCGUACCCACUCUCUCCUCCAGCCUCCUCGUCCGGAUCGAGUGCUGCUUCUCCGUCAGCCCCCUCUUCACCUGAGCUAAAUUCCCCUUCUCCUCCGAUACCCCCGUCCCCUCUAUAUCCCCCACUCCCUGCGAUGGCUUGCCCCGAGCCCACACCUCCGGGGCCCACGGGCCCAGCCCAGAACACUCGGAGCAAGCUACGGCCUGAGGAUCCAGUCGUUACCCUCCCUCUCCGUCCCUAUGGGCCCAUGAUAGACGAUGGGACAGAUGGAGGGCAGAUGCCCGCUUUACAGUACUGGCCUUUUUCUACCUCAGAUCUCUAUAACUGGAAAAACAAUAACCCUCCUUUUUCUGAUGAUCCUUCUAAGCUAACAGGUCUAAUGGAUUCUGUUAUGUUCUCCCACCAACCCACAUGGGACGACUGUCAACAGCUCCUAGGGGUCCUGUUCACCACCGAGGAAAGAGACCGCAUCCUCCUGGAAGCCCGGAAAGCUGUUCCCGGAGAGGAUGGCAGACCCACCCAGAGACCAGACCGGAUCGAUGACUUCUUCCCCUUAAAGCGCCCCAACUGGGACUCCAACUCACCCGCCGGUAGGCAGCAUCUUUCUAUCUAUCGCCAGACUCUAAUGGCAGGUCUCCGGGCGGCCGCAAGGCGCCCCACUAAUCUGGCCAAGGUAAGAGAAGUUACCCAAGGACCUACUGAGACUCCCUCAGUUUUUCUAGAACGCCUGAUGGAAGCUUACCGGCGAUAUACGCCUUUUAACCCUGAGGAGGAAGGCCGACAAGGCUCGAUAGCUAUGGCCUUCAUAGGGCAAUCGGCCCCUGAUAUAAGACGUAAGCUCCAAAGGCUAGAUGGUCUCCAAGACCUGACUCUGAGGGAUCUUGUUAAGGAAGCUGAAAAAGUCUACUAUAAGCGGGAGACAGAGGAAGAGAAAGAGUUAGCUAGGGACAAAAGACGAAACAAGGAAUUAACUAAGAUGUUGGCCACAGUUAUUCAGGGAAAACCUGAGCCAGGAAAGGGAAAGCCCACUCGCCCUCCAUUAGACCCUGACCAAUGUGCAUAUUGUAAGGAAAAAGGACACCUGAUCAAAGACUGUGAAAAGUUAAAAAAGAAACGGGCCAAAGAAGAACGAGAAAGGCAGUCCUCACAGCGAUCCCGAGCCCCCAUGCUCGCCCUGGAUGAAGAACACUAGGGACUUCGGGGCUCGGAUCCCCUCCCCGAGCUCAGGGUAAUGUUUAAAGUGGAGGGGACUCCCGUGGAAUUCGAGGUCGAUACGGGAGCUGUUUAUUCGGCCUUACAAGCCCCCUUAGGGGCCCUUUCAACUAAGAAAUCAUUAGUUCAAGGGGCUAAUGGGAGCAAAUAUCGCUCGUGGACCACUGAGCGCACAGUUGACUUAGGCAAGGGAAAAGUAAAACACUCCUUUCUAGUUAUUCCCGAAUGUCCUGCUCCCCUCCUGGGACGGGACUUAUUAACCAAACUGGGGGCAAAGAUUUCCUUUGAGCCCCAAGGACCUCAAGUGACAUUCCGUAACCCAAAGGUUGGGCAACCUAUGGUUACGGUGUUAUCCCUAAAACUGGAAGAUGAAUAUAGGCUCUACGACCACCAGGAUCCCCAGCCUAUCGCCCCAGCCUGGCUAACUGAUUUUAAAGAAUCCUGGGCCGAGACGGCUGGACUCGGGCUGGCAAGCCAGCAGCCGCCUGUAGUGGUUACUUUAAAAACCACUGCCUCCCCUAUUUGGGUUAAGCAAUAUCCCAUUAAUAGAGAAGCUCACCUAGGGAUUAAGGUGCACAUACAGAGACUUUUAGACCAAGGGGUAUUAACCCCUUGUCGGUCUGCAUGGAAUACUCCAUCACUCCCGGUCAGAAAGCCCGGGACGAAUGACUACAGACCGGUACAGGACCUAAGGGAGGUCAAUAGCAGGGUAGAAGACAUUCACCCCACCGUACCCAAUCCCUAUAAUCUCCUCAGCGGGUUAAAUCCGUCAAGGACUUGGUACACUGUUCUGGAUUUAAAGGAUGCCUUUUUCUGUUUGCCUUUACACAAAGAUAGCCAGCCCUUAUUUGCAUUUGAAUGGACGGACCCUGAGACUGGGUCCGCCGGACAACUAACCUGGACGCGCCUCCCACAGGGCUUCAAAAACAGCCCAACCAUCUUUGAUGAAGCCCUACAUAAGGAUUUAGCCCCCUUUCGGGCUCAACACCCAAGCCUCACCCUUCUUCAAUAUGUAGAUGACUUGCUGCUGGCUGCGGACUCUGAGGGUGACUGCACAAGCGGAACUCAGGACCUUUUACGUGAGUUGGCUAUCCUGGGGUAUAGGGCAUCAGCAAAAAAGGCUCAAAUUUGUAAGCGAGAGGUAAUUUUUCUGGGCUACUCCUUAAAAGGGGGAAAAAGGUGGCUCACUGAGGCCAGAAAACAGACUGUGGUCCAGAUUCCCCCUCCAAAGAGUCAAAAACAAUUACGAGAGUUCCUGGGUACUGCGGGGUUUUGCCGGUUGUGGAUCCCCGGAUUCGCAACUUUGGCAGCUCCCCUGUAUCCGUUACUGAAGGGGGGGUCUCCCUUUAUCUGGGAAAAAGAUCACCAGCAGGCCUUUGAUGCCAUCAAGCGGGCUCUCCUGUCCACUCCGGCCCUGGCUCUUCCUAAUGUGGAUAAGCCCUUUACUCUCUUCAUUGAAGAAAAGAGAGGAAUAGCGAGAGGAGUACUGACCCAGGCCUUUGGGCCAUGGAGGCGUCCGGUGGCUUACCUCUCAAAAAGACUGGACACGGUGGCAAGCGGGUGGCCACCUUGCCUAAAGGCCAUUGCAGCAGCUGCCUUGCUCAUUAAAGACGCUGACAAAUUGACUUUGGGACAAAAAAUAACAAUCAUUGCCCCGCACAUGCUAGAAAGCAUCAUCCGCCAGCCUCCAGACAGGUGGCUCUCAAAUGCCAGAGUUACUCAUUAUCAGAGCCUCUUGCUCAACAAGGACAAGAUAACUUUUGGACCCCCGGUGACUCUCAACCCGGCGACUCUGCUGCCGGAAGAAGCUUCGGAACCUGUCCUCCAUACCUGCCAGGACGGCUUGGCAGAAGAGGCCGGAGUACGACCGGACUUAUUGGAUUGCCCCCUACCCAAUGCAGAGGUGACCUACUUCACUGACGGGAGUAGCUUUUUGAUUCAAGGUAAGCGGUAUGCGGGGGCGGCUGUGACUGAUUAUUCCAAUGUUAUAUGGACAGCCAGACUAGAGGACGGGUCCUUGGCCCAAAAGGCCGAACUGAUUGCUUUGACUAAGGCUCUGGAGCUCGCUAAAGGAAAGCGAGCAAACAUUUACACGGAUAGCUGAUAUGCCUUUGCAACGGCCCACAUCCACGGGGCCAUAUACCGCCAGCGGGGGCUUCUGACUUCCGCAGGAAAAGAAAUAAAACACAAACAGGAAAUCCUCCAGUUGCUCGCUGCAGUUAUGUUGCCCCAGAAGGUGGCGAUAAUACACUGUAACAGCCACCAGAAAGGGACUGAUACCGUCACAAGGGGAAACAACCUGGCCGAUCAGGCAGCAAAAUCUGCAGCCAUGGGAGACUCACAAAUGUUGGUGACUGAUGUCAAAGAUUCUCCUCCAGAGGAGAAAGCUCAGAUUAACCAAACCCCUGAAACACUUGAUUUGACUGCUUACAUACAACAGGCCCACCAGCUCACCCAUUUGGGAGCUAAAAAGCUAAGCCUACUGGCCCAACGCCAAGACUUCCCAGGGGCAUCCCCCACUGCCAUACGUCAGGUCGCCAAUCAGGUGGUGGCUAAUUGUGAGGCAUGUCAAUUGACCAAUGCCUACCCUGCCAAGCUGGCCCCCGGCAAAAGGCUACGUGGCACCAGACCUGGACAAUACUGGGAAGUGGACUUUACAGAAGUUAAGCCUGCCCGAUGCAGACUAAAAUAUCUGCUAGUUUUUGUAGACACCUUUUCUGGAUGGACUGAGGCUUUUCCUACCAAAAAAGAAACUGCUGCCGUGGUAACUAAAAAGUUGAUGGAAGAGAUAUUUCCCCGGUUCGGAUUGCCAAAGGUAAUAGGGUCUGAUAAUGGACCGGCGUUUGUGGCUAAGAGGGACGUGUGGACGCAGCUAGCCUCAGCCUAUGCUCCCAGUGAGUUCCCCGCGCCACAUCCGUACCAGGUGGGAGACUUUGUGUUUGUCCAGCGCCACCAACAAGAGACUCUACAGCCUCGCUGGAAAGGACCAUACCAGGUCCUAUUGACUACUCCUACAGCGGUAAAGGUUGACGGAGUCACCUCUUGGAUCCACGCGUCGCAUCUAAAGCCUGCUUCAGCGCCAGAGGACAGCUCCUGGGAACUCAAGCGGUCUGAUAACCCCUUAAAACUUAAACUGAGCCGAAAGACUCUUUAAUGCUGUUUCUAUACGCUCCCCUUGUGUAUUAUUGCAAGAUGAUCCAACAAAGACCCCAGAUUGUAACCCCCUGGGCUAUAAUGGGAUUACUCAUGUUAAUGCUAGUCACCCCUGCAAUAGCUAACCCCCACCGCCCUUGGAUCUGGUCAUUGAUUAAGUGGGACAACCAAGAGGUGGUCGGUAAGUGGGAAGGAUCAGGUAAUCCCACUUUUGCCUUCUUUUCCUGCGAUAUUGUCCCUCAAGCCCCCUGUAUGGAUCCAUCUCAGGGUGUUUACCUAUGCCCAACUUCAGUGGAGGGGAGGACCCAUUGUAACUCCCCAGCAGAGUAUUACUGUGCUUACUGGGGAUGUGAGACGGUGGCCACUGCGUGGACACCCACCAUAAGGGACCAACACAUUAGUCUUUCAAAGUUGACUGGAGCUCGCCCAAAGCCCCCCACUUGUUAUGGUGGGGCUUGGGAUGCCAAGUCAAGCCAGGGACCUGGACCCUGCCUAAACCUACAACUCACGGUCCUUACCCCCCAAGAGCCUUCAUGGAUCACCGGAAAAACUUGGCGGUUUAGAUAUUAUCAAAGUGGAAAAGACUCAGGGGGAUAUUUGUUUAUCAAAAAAGAAUUAAAACCGGAAACAAGGCCGUCCCCGCCACCACUGGCCCCAACAACUGCUAAAAGAUUUUUAUCCCCGGGGCCCAAGGCUACCCAAAAUCGAGAACACAUGACCUCACCUCGCACCCCCUCCGGGGAUUUAACUAAUCCUCCUGAGUCGGGACUCGUCCCUCCAACUGUGAACUCUCUCCUUAACCUUAUACUUGGGGCUCAUAGAGCCCUUAAUCUUACCCAUCCAGACCUGGCCCAAGCUUGUUGGUUAUGUUUAAGUGCUAACCCUCCAUAUUAUGAGGGGACUGCUCUAAAUGAUUCCUAUACGCUGACCCCCAAUUCCGACCAGUGCGAUUGGGAUCACGUGUUCCACACCCUUCCUUUACCUGGCCUUGCUAGCCGAGGAACCUGUAUAGGGACACUUGAUAAUUGGCCUACAGACCUACGCCAUCGCUGCCUCACAUAUACCCGCUCCUUCCCCAAAAACCAGUACCUCAUCCCUCCCACCGGGGCAUUCUGGUUAUGUACUACGGGGCUCACCCCUUGUGUUUCCACAAAUGUACUCCUUGCAGGGGACAGCUCCUGCAUCCUCAUAGACCUUAUGCCACGCAUUAAGUAUCUCCCUCCUGACAUGCUCCCCCUCAUAAAAGGUCGAUAUAAACGGGAACCUGUCUCCUUGACCCUAGCAGUCCUAUUGGGGAUAGGGGUGGCAGGGGGGAUAGGAACUGGCACAGCAGCCCUCAUUACUGGGCAUCAAUCCCGCCAACAGCUUCUUGCAGUAGUAAACCAAGAUUUACAGGCCUUAGAAACUUCUAUAACUGCGUUACAACAAUCUCUCUCAUCUCUAUCUGAAGUAGUGUUACAGAACAGAAGAGGCUUAGAUCUUCUAUUUUUAAAAGAAGGCGGUCUCUGCGCCGCACUUAGAGAAGAAUGUUGUUUCUACACUGAUCAUACUGGGAUUGUAAAAGACGCAAUGGAAAAGUUGAGAGAGAGAAUCAAAUCUCGAGAGCCCCCUUCAAGUGAAGCCAAAAUGUUUUCUUUCUGGGAAUCAAUCCUGCCCUAUGUUCUUCCUUUACUGGGACCCCUGGCCGGAUUCAUUAUAGUCAUGGCUAUAGCCCCUUGCCUCAUUAACCGAGUAACCCAAUUUGUGAGGGCUCAGAUCUCUCAGGUAAAAGUUAUGGUGCUACGUCAACAAUAUGACCCCUUACCUAUACAGGACCUUUAGGAUUAAAAGUCAUUGGAAAAAUAAAAGGGGGGAAUGUGAGAGUCGACCCCCCUGCUACAACCCCCUCCCCGAGUUAUAAAACAGAGCAGUAAAGAAUGCUUCACUCCCUAAACCUUUCCCAGGAGAUAAUCAGAGCAGGGCAGAAAGGAAUGUCUCUGCUAGUCAUUAACCACUAGAUGUUCUGUUCUCUGUAAAGAUAGAGAUAAGCAAAAGAAUGUACUGUAUAAACAGGACCAGGGGGCACCUGGCACUCUAAGGUCAACCCAAGACCCUCGGUCUCCAUGGUUACUCAGCCCCAGACCCUCAAAUCAGCGUUAGCCAAGUCCUGCGCCGUUCAAAAUUAACCAAUGCGAUUUGCUUCUGUAACCUUGCUUACCUCCUGCUUGUACCUUUAAAAACCCUGCACAAAUUCCCCUCGGGGCCCCUCCGCACACGUUUGCCUGAGGGACCCCAUGCGCAUGGAAAUAAACUUUCUUUUCCUCACCAAGA